CACACGAUCACCAGAAUGCGGAAAGAGUCUCGAGGAUCUUAUUAGGGGUUUACGGUUUGUCAACAAAGCGUAUCAUCGGUAAAUGUAACCGUUUCAUUUUCUUUUGUGUUGUCAAGAAAGGAACGGACGAUUCAAAACACAAAACCUGCCGCUAAAAUAAAAGCAGAAUGUCAUCGGAAGAGUUUGAAAAGCUGCAGGAGAUCUACAAAUCCCUUUAUGACGAACUGAAGUUGAUGCCCGACAGAUUACUGAAAUGUCAAGGAGGUAAAAAAAAAAAAAAAACAGUUGAAGUUAAAUCUGUAACUGUAAAUAUAUGUAUUUUGCAUUCUAAAUACCUCUCCAAUACACUACCAUCAGCUGACCCCCACCCUGUUGUCUUAGCUUAGUUUUACUUCUGCUUAGUGAUAAGGUAGCUGGGCCGAGCAGAUGCGUGUCGUCAACAACAUUGGCGCGAACAACAAUAGUGGAAUCGGCGGUUCGUCUUUAAAAUAAAAGUCCCCCCCAUUGAAACUGAUUCAAACGGAUGAUGAAAAUAGUGGAGUCAUGCCACACUUGCACUAGAUGAUGCUAAACAAGGUUGGAAUGUUGUUAUAGAAAUUAAACAAAAGACAAUUAGUUAAUUUGACAAACACAAAAAAAUCGGUUGAAAUCGAACUCUGGAUGUAUAGACUUUGCAUUGGGGGAAUACAUCUAGUGGAAAGCCUGCCCAGAAGAGUGGAUGCUGUUAUAGCAGCAAAGGGGGGGGGACCAACUCCAUAUUAAUGCCCAUGAUUUUGGAAUGAGAUGUUGGACGAGCAGGUGUCCACAUCCUUUUGGUCAUGUGGUGUAUAUUGCAAUGUACACAGCCUUACCUAUGGAUCUUGGGUCCAUGAAAUGGGAUGUCAGCCUACUCAUUGACGACCACAAAACGCAACUGUGAAGAGUUUUCACAAUAUUAGCGUUGUAGCUCAAAUUGCAGGAUUUUAACUGUGGGAAAUCAACCUCACAAUACAGUGUAAUGUGUGUAUUGGACAUUGAUAUUGUACAGCUUUAUCUAUGGAUCUGGGGUCCAUGAAGCCUCAGGGAACUACAGACCCCACACAACAGAAAACAUUAUUCCUGUUGUAAUUAUUGGGUAUAUUAAAUGCAGGUGGGUUCAACAUGGAUUUGAAUUUGUGGCUUUCACCCCCAUUUCAUGGACCCAAGAUCAAAUCAAAUUUUAUUUGUCACAUGCUUGGUGAGAGAGAGAGAGAGAGAGAGAGAGAGAGAGAGAGAGAGAGAAAGUAUAGAAGUUAGAAAUGUGGCUGUCACAAGUAUUACAAUGUAAAUGUACCUUUUAAUCCAUCUGUCUACAUAUUAUAAGACAUAGCAGUGGGUUGGAUGAUACUUUUCUUGUCAAUCAUCUUUAAAUAAACGUAUACUUAAAAACUAGAAAUCAACCCAAUCCUUCAUCGUUAACACAAUGGAAAGGUCAAAUGCUUUUAUUAUCUAAAUAUUGAAAGUGUGUGGGCAACAGAGAGAGAAAAUGGUGCAGUUUGAGGCCAUGUGGCGGAGGGUGAUGCGGGCGCUGGAGGCAGGUGUGUGAGGCCAUGUGGCGGAGAGUGAUGCGGGCGCUGGAGGCAGGUGUGUGAGGCCAUGUGGCGGAGAGUGAUGCGGGCGCUGGAGGCAGGUGUGUGAGGCCAUGUGGCGGAGAGUGAUGCGGGCGCUGGAGGCAGGUGUGUGAGGCCAUGUGGCGGAGAGUGAUGCGGGCGCUGGAGGCAGGUGUGUGAGGCCAUGUGGCGGAGGGUGAUGCGGGCGCUGGAGGCAGGUGUGUGAGGCCAUGUGGCGGAGGGUGAUGCGGGCGCUGGAGGCAGGUGUGUGAGGCCAUGUGGCGGAGGGUGAUGCGGGCGCUGGAGGCAGGUGUGUGAGCAGGGGGGUCUGGCCAGGUGUGAUGUCGUUGAUGUAUGUUUUGUUAAAAGAAUAUAUACAGUAGCAGCAGCGUAUGUGAUGAGUCAAAGGGUCAAUGCCGAUAGUCCAGGCAGCUAGUUGGUUAACUAUUUAACUAACUAUGUAGCAGUCUUAUGGCUUGGGAGUAGAAGCUAUUCAGGGUCCUGUUGGUUCCAGACUUGGAGCUCCGGUACCGCUUGCCGUGCGGUAGCAGAGAGAACAGUCUGACUCGGGGGGGCUGAAGUCUUUGACAAUUUGUAGGGCCUUCCUCUGGCACCGCCUGGUAUAGAGGUCCUGGAUGGCAGGAAGCUUGGCCCCAGUGACAUACUGGGCCGUACGCACUACCCUCUGUAGCGCAUUAAGAAGGAAAGAAAUUAGUGAUGUGGACACAGAGGAACGUGAAGCUUUCGACCCGCUCCACUACAGCCCCGUCGAUGAGAAUAGGGGCGGGCUCUGCCCUCAUUUCCUGUAGUUCACGAUCAGCUCCUUUGUCUUGCUGACGUUGAGGGAGAGGUUGUUGUCCUGGCACCACACUGCCAGGUCUCUGACCACCUCCCCUAUAGGUUGUUUCAUUGUCCUUGGUGAUCAGGCCUACCACUGUUGUGUCGUCAUCAAACUUAAUGAUGGUAUUGGAGUUGUGCGUGGCCAACGCAGUUGUGGGUGAACAGGGAUUACAGGAGGGGAUACCCCAUUUCAUGGACCCCAAGAUCCAUAGGUAAGGCUCUACAUUGCAAUACAAGUAUGCCCCCCUUUGCAAAUCCUGAAGUCUAUAAAUCCACAGUGCGAUUUCGACUGAUUUUUUUCAAAUUUAACAAAUUAUUGACUUUUGUUUAAUUUAUGUAACAGCAUUCCAACAAUGUUUAGCAUGAUUUAGUACGAUUAGGGUCGGGGGUGAUACCAGUAUCGCGAUACUCGUUAGUAUCAUGGCAAGGAAACAAAACACGAAGCGGAUUUAACUUCUUUAGGAAAACAGCCCUAAUGUUGGAAACAAACAUGUUGUCAUCCACAGUCACAUCUAUUUAUGUUCCAAAAUAUAUAGCACAAAAUAUUUUACUUGAAGCAGGUUUUUAAAGGAUCAAAUAGUUUGGUUAGCUUCGUUUUUUCAUUUUUGCCAUGGAAAAAAUAUUGCGAUACUGGUAUUUUCCCGGCCCUAGUACAAUUAUGGCAUGAUUUCACUAUUCUCAUCCGUUUUGCGUCAGUUUCAGUGGGGGACUUUUAUUUUGAAGCCGAACAGCUAUUCCACUAUUGUUGCUCAAGCUAAUGCUGUUCAUGACACACUGGUGCCUAGCUGCAGACGCUAGUCGCCUACUUAUGCUAGCAUAUCAUAAUGAACAUAGAAAAUAUUUUCUAAGUAAACUGACACCAAGCACAAUAGUGCAGCUCAGCCUUUAAAAAGUGAAUACAGAGGUGUUCCUGUUUACAGAGGAGAAGAAGAGGUUGGUGAGGACUUUUGAUGAGAGACAUGGAGAGGCAGUGGAAGUGGUAAGUGGUACUGUGACAUUUUAUUUUCCAUUGUAUAGGUUAGCUUUUUCUAAUGAAUCUGUCACAAGUCUGAUCUGUAUCGAUCUAGCUAACAUUUCUAGCAGAUUAUUGUAAAUGUUCACCAGCGGGCACUAGGUAUCUGUGGUGGUUUACUAAUAACCUUGAUAAGAUAUAAAUGCUACUGGCAUAGAGUUUAAGGAAUUACACUACAGUUCAAAAGUUUGGGGUCACUUAGAAAUGUCCUUGUUUUCGAAAGAAAAGCAUUUUUUUUGUCCAUUAAAAUAACAUCAAAUUGAUCAGAAAUACAGUGUAGACAUUGUUGAUGUUGUAAAUGGCUAUUGUAGCUGGAAACGGCUGAUAAUUUUUUUUUUUGAAUAUCUACAUAGGCGUACAGAGGCCCAUUAUCAGCAACCAUCAGUCCUGUGUUCCAAUGGCAUGUUGUGUUUGAUAAUCCAAGUUUAUCAUUUUAAAAGGCUAAUUGAUCAUUAGAAAACCCUUUUGCAAUUAUGUUAGCACACUUGAAAACUGUUGUACUGAUUUAAAGAAGCAAUAAAACUGGCCUUCUUGAGACUAGUUGAGUAUCUGGAGCAUCAUCAAUUUUGGUUUCGAUUACAGGAUCAAAAUGGCCAGAAACAAAUAACUGUCUUCUGAAACUCGUCAGUCUAUUCUUGUUCUGAGAAACACCAGUCUCAACGUCAACAGUGCAGAGGCGACUCCGGGCUGCUGACCUUCAAGGCAGAGUUGCAAAGAAAAAGCCAUAUCUCAGACUGGCCAAUAAAAAUAAAAGUUUAAGAUGGCCAGUCUGAGAUAUGGCUUUUUCUUUGCAACUCUGCCUAGAAGGUCAGCAUCCCGGAGUCGCCUCUUCACUGUUGACGUUGAGACUGGUGUUUUGCGGGUACUAUUUAAUUAAGCUGCCAGUUGAGGACCUGUGAGGCGCCUGUUUCUCAAACUAGACACUCUAAUGUAUUUGUCCUCUUGCUCAGUUGUGCACUGGGGCCUCCCACUCCUCUUUCUAUUCUGGUUAGAGCCAGUUUGCGCUGUUCUGUGAAGGGAGUAGUACACAGCGUUGUACGAGAUCUUCAGUUUCUUGGCAAUUUCCUGCAUGGAAUAGCCUUAAUUUCUCAGAACAAGAAUAGACUGACGAGUUUCAGAAGAAAAGUUCUUUGUUUCUGGCCAUUUUGAUCCUGUAAUCGAACCCACAAUUGCUGAUUCUCCAGAUACUCAACUAGUCUCAAGAAGGCCAGUUUUAUUGCUUCUUUAAAUCAGCACAACAGUUUUCAGCUGUGCUAACAGCAAGAACUUUGAAAAUUUCUUCAAGUGCGCGACCACGCAUUAGGUUGCACUACUGUUGUUUUAAUACUGCUCUUUAAUUAAUUAAUCUUUUAUUUUUUUAGUUAUCUAUUUUUUACUUAACACUUAUUGUUGGUUAAGGGCUUGUCAGUAAGCAUUUCACUGUAAGGUCUACAGCUGUUGUAUUUGGCGCAUGUGGCAAAUAAAAUUUAGAUUUGAAGUUUAAAAAAAUGAAAUGAAAUAAAAAGCCUGGAGAAGAGGAACAGACCAUUUUAGGGGGGUAUGAAAUGACUCGUGUUUCACCUGGUGGAUCUCCAGCUGCAGGCCAUGGAGCAGGAGUUGAUCGGUGCUCCCUCGUCCUACCGUAACACCAUGUCCACCAAACUGCGUCUGUACCGCAGAGACCUGGGGAAGCUCCAGCGAGAGGUGAAGAGCUCUGACCUGUCCUCCUCCUCCUCUACGCGGCCAGCAGAGGGCGCCUACGGCGUCUACUCCUCUCAGAACGAACACAGUGUGAGUCUAGACUGACUUACAUGGUCUGGGGUCAGUUUAGCAUUUCUCCCCACUAAUGGUUAAGGUUAGAACUUGGGGAAGGGAAGCUGAUCCUAGAUCUGUAGAUAGAGGGAUCUUUCACCCUGGAGCGGUAAAGCCAAUACAGCCUUAAUAGGAGGGGAUGCUGUGGAGUUGCAAGACGACAUCCCUGACAGGGACACAAUAAAUAAUAUAUUCAGGGCUACGUUCGCCUGACAGCUUAUUGCACUUUCCAUGCAGGGAUUGAUUGAUUUAUUAAUUGAUUGAUUGAUUGUUGAUUUUAUGUUAUCUGUUUGUUUCAGACCCAGCUUCAGUCUCAGAGGACCUUGCUGCUCCAGGGACACGAGCACCUGAACAACGCCAGUCAGAGUAUCGAGAGGAGUCAGCGCAUCGCUGCGGAGACGGACCAGAUCGGCGUGGACAUCAUCGAGGAGCUGGGAGACCAGAGAGAACAGCUGGACCGCACCAGAGACCGAGUGAGUGGGAUUGGGGAAGCUCUGGAGACGUAAGGCUCUGAGUGUGAAGGGGUUGGGGGAAGGGUUCGUUUUCUCAGAGUAGGAGUGCUGAUCUGGGAGCAGUUUAGCCUUUUGGAUCAUAAUGAAUGAGGUUAUAUGGACAGAACCUAGUUCAGCACUUCUAAUCUGAGAUGCUUUGUGGAUACGGACCCUUGGUGUCAGAACUAUGGCAGCCUGGUCCCAAGUCUUCCACUACACUGGUUAUAUCUGGCUAUCCAGACCUCCUCCUCCACAAUACUGGUUAUAUCUGGCUAUCCAGACCUCCUCCACCACUACACUGGUUAUAUCUGGCUAUCCAGACCUCCUCCACCACUACACUGGUUAUAUCUGGCUAUCUAGACCUCCACCACCACAAUACUGGUUAUAUCUGGCUAUCCAGACCUCCUCCUCCACAACACUGGUUAUAUCUGGCUAUCCAGACCUCCUCCACCACUACACUGGUUAUAUUCUGGCUACCAGACCUCCUCCACCACAAUACUGGUUAUAUCUGGCUAUCCAGCCCUCCUCCACCACUACACUGGUUAUAUCUGGCUAUCCAGACCUCCUCCACCACAAUACUGGUUAUAUCUGGCUAUCCAGACCUCCUCCACCACAAUACUGGUUAUAUCUGGCUAUCCAGACCUCCUCCACCACAAUACUGGUUAUAUCUGGCUAUCCAGACCUCCUCCACCACAAUACUGGUUAUAUCUGGCUAUCCAGACCUCCUCCACCACAACACUGGUUAUAUCUGGGCUAUCCAGACCUCCUCCACCACUACACUGGUUAUAUCUGGCUAUCCAGACCUCCUCCACCACUACACUGGUUAUAUCUGGCUAUCCAGACCUCCUCCACCACUACACUGGUUAUAUCUGGCUAUCCAGACCUCCUCCACCACUACACUGGUUAUAUCUGGCUAUCCAGACCUCAUCCACCACAACACUGGUUAUACCUGGCUAUCCAGACCUCAUCCACCACAACACUGGUUAUAUCUGGCUAUCCAGACCUCCUCCGCCACUACACUGGUUAUAUCUGGCUAUCCAGACCUCCACCACUACACUGGUUAUAUCUGGCUAUCCAGACCACCUCCUCCACAACACUGGUUAUAUCUGGCUAUCCAGACCUCAUCCACCACAACACUGGUUAUAUCUGGCUAUCCAGACCUCCUCCACCACAACACUGGUUAUAUCUGGCUAUCCAGACCUCCUCCACAACACUGGUUAUAUCUGGCUAUCCAGACCUCCUCCACAACACUGGUUAUAUCUGGCUAUCCAGACCUCCUCCACCACUACACUGGUUAUAUCUGGCUAUCCAGACCUCCUCCACCACUACACUGGUUAUAUCUGGCUAUCCAGACCUCCUCCACACACUGGUUAUAUCUGGCUAUCCAGACCUCCUCCACAACACUGGUUAUAUCUGGCUAUCCAGACCUCCUCCUCCACAACACUGGUUAUAUCUGGCUAUCCAGACCCUCCUCCACAACACUGUGUUAUAUCUGCUAUCCAGACCUCCUCCACUACUACACUGGUUAUAUCUGGCUAUCCAGACCUCCUCCUCCACAACACUGGUUAUAUCUGGCUAUCCAGACCUCCUCCUCCACAACACUGGUUAUAUCUGGUCUAUCCAGACCUCCUCCUCCACAACACUGGUUAUAAUCUGCUAUCCAGACCUCCACCACUACUACACUGGUUAUAUCUGGCGAUCCAGACCUCCUCCACAACACUGGUUAUAUCUGGCUAUCCAGACCUCCUCCACAACACUGGUUAUAUCUGGCUAUCCACACCUGUCAGAUCAUUAAAUAUCAAGGGAAGGCAGCAAAUUGAGACUGUCUUGGAAUCAUAACCAUCAGAGUUCUAGAAGAGAGAAGAUGUUGCAUUUUGAUGACCUCUUGUUGUCUUUGUUGUGGUCCACCUGUUAGCUGGUCAACACUGGGGAGAACCUCAGCCGGAGCAGGAAGAUCCUGCGAGCAAUGUCCGCCGGUGAGUCCCAUCAGCUGUGCUGUCUUGUCAGGUCGGUCUUGUCAGGUCGGUCUUGUCAGGUCGGUCUUGUC